GAGUACUGGGGAUCAAAGUAAAGAUUAUGUUGCCCUGGGACCCAAGUGGAAAGAUUGGCCCCAAAAAGCCUCUGCCAGACCACGUCAGCAUUGUGGAACCCAAAGAAGAGAUCUUGCCCACCACCCCCGUUUCAGAACAGAAAGGUGGCAAGCCAGAACAGCCAGCCAUGCCUCAGCCCGUUCCCACUGCCUGA